AAGAAAAUACGCAGUUUCAUAUGAUGAUGAGUUUCGUUGUUUAGUUGUGUCUCCGCAAUUAAGCCAAUUUCCGCCUCUUCUCUUGGAUUCUGCUUCGCCUCUGCUCGUCCUCUUAUCCGAUCUUCUCAGAGCUGUAUUGUUACCAAUAGGUUCAUGGGUUCUGCAGCCAGACAGCCACUCUUCUCGUUUGGUGUUAUUGCUGAUGUUCAGUAUGCUGAUAUUCCAGAUGGCCGCUCGUUUUUAGGUGUUCCUAGGUAUUACAGGAACAGCAUCCUUGUCCUGCAACGAGCUGUUGAAACUUGGAACCAACACGGAAACCUCAAAUUUGUUAUUAACAUGGGUGACAUUGUUGAUGGUUUUUGUCCCAAGGAUCAAUCUUUGUCUGCCACUAAGAAACUGGUCCGUGAAUUCGAGAAAUUCAAUGGCCCUGUUUAUCAUAUGAUCGGCAAUCACUGCCUCUACAAUCUCCCCCGCGAAGAGUUGCUUCCUUUGCUGAACAUCCCAGGUCGUGAUGGCAAUGCUUAUUAUGAUUUUUCACCAACUCAUGACUAUAGAAUUGUGGUGUUGGAUGGGUAUGACAUCAGUGCUGUUGGAUGGCCACAGGACCAUCCUAAAACAAUAGCUGCAUUGAAGAUACUUGAAGAAAAGAACCCUAACUCAGACAAAAAUAGCCCCGCUGGGCUUGAGGAUCUUGCGAGGAGAUUUGUGAAGUAUAACGGUGGUGUUGGGGAGAAACAGCUGCAGUGGCUUGACAGUGUACUUCAGGAUGCAUCCAAUUCAAACCAGAGAGUUAUUGUAUGCGGGCAUGUGCCUAUGAGCCCUGGUGUGGCAUCUAAAGCAGCCUUGCUAUGGAAUUUUGAUGAAGUGAUGGGCAUUAUACACAAGUAUGACUCUGUCAAAGUUUGUUUAUCUGGACACGAUCAUAAAGGAGGAUACUUUGUUGAUUCUCACGGUGUUCACCAUAGGUCCUUGGAAGCUGCCUUGGAAUGCCCCCCAGGUACAUAUUCGUUUGGAUAUAUCGAUGUAUAUGAGAACACGUUAUCUCUUGUUGGUACUGAUCGGAUGCAAAGCACUGAUUUUGAGAUCUAGAGCUUUCCUGAAUGAUCAAUUAUCUGAAACGCAGAAUCUGUAAUCACCAAUAUCUAUUUAUAUGAUGAUUAUUUUUGUCAAAAUUA